AUAUAUUCCCAAAUGCGUCCAUCAAUUUCUCCUAGAAAGACUCUCCUAGAAAAACGAUUAACCAUACGAAGAGAAACUCAAAGAUUGAUUGUCGGACCGUCAUUGUUAGAAAAAAGACUUUAUGAAGCGUUUGAUGUGUUUGAUGUUGCAAAGAGUGGUGAAAUAGAUGUUAGAGAUUUGGGAACUAUAAUUAGAGCAUUAGGAUGUGUCAUCACAGAGGCUGAAUUACAAGAAAUACAAGUAGAAGUCGAAGAUGUCGAAACUAAUUGCGUACCACUAAACAAAUUUGUAGACUAUAUGAGCAAAGCGCUCAGUGAACGCAAAUUUAAACCAGCAGAACCAGAAGAGUUAUUGAAAGCGUUCCAAUUAUUAGAUCCUGAAAAUCGUGGAUAUAUCAUGAAAGAUGAUUUAGAAAAAUCAAUUAUGGAAAUUGGAGAGCCAUUUACGAAGGAAGAAGUGGCCGAUAUGAUGGCCGUAGCUUGUGACGCGGAAACUGGGAAAAUUAAUUAUGAACAUUACAUUAAUUUAUUAAUUGUAAAAAUUCCUAAAAAUAUGAACGUAUAUAAUAUUGUUGAUGAAAUGGAAGCUGCGAAAUUGGUAGAAUUACCUAAAAGGCGCAGAUGGGAAAGCAUCUUUUUUUUGAAAGACGCUCUCUGAUAAAAA